AUGGCUGCUCUUUUCCUCAAGAAGUUAACAUUACAAACUGUAAAGACUGAGAAUUACUACAUUAGAAGAUGUUUGGGCAAAUACAUCUUACAGGGGCUGGCACCCACACAGCUGUCCCCAAGACCGUCCUGCCUCAUUCACGCAAAAGCUUUUAGCACUAAAGACACCCAGGAUGAGAGGACAAAGAAAAAAAAGAACGAGACGGCUUUCAGUAGCGUUGGGAGAAAAAUCAACGAGCGCAUCAUUCACGUGCUGGACGAGAAAGGCAACGACCUGGGCCACAUGCACCGGGCAAACGUGAUCAGGCUCAUGGCCGAGCGGGACCUGCGGCUGGUGAAGAGGGACCCCCACGCGGAGCCCCCGCAGUACCAGCUCCUGACGGGCGCACAGAUCCACCAGGAGCGGCUGCAGCUCAGAGAGGCGGAGAGGGCCAUGCCCAAGCCAGGACCCACCCUGACCAAGGAACUGACCUUUUCUUCAAAUAUUGGACAACAUGAUCUGGACACAAAGAGUAAACAGAUUCAGCAGUGGAUCGAAAAAAAGUACAAAGUCCAGAUUACAGUAAAGAAAGCGAAGAGUGCAGACGAGCCCGAGAAGAAAAUGGAGGAGAUGUGUAAUCGAAUCGUCCAGACCAUGUCUGGAAUUGCAACCUUCUCAUCCCGGCCACAGCCCAUCAGAGGAGGCAAGGCUGUGAUGUGUGUUCUCCGUCCCUUGAGCAAAAAGGAGGAGGCUGCGUGGAGAGCAGCUCUGGGCACCCCGAGAGGAGACACUCUGAACAGGGGAGACGGGAAGGACAGAGCAUCUGGUGUCCUGCCCCAGUGA